AAUGUCACAACGACAAACGUCACAAAAGUCACUAAAAAGACUUGCGUCGAUUCGAGUACUAUUACAAAAUGAUGAAACUUUAAAAUAAACACGUUAAUAAAACGUAAACAAUGACCGAGGAUCAACAUGUUAAGGACGCGCAGGCUGAGACAGGCAGCAAAACAUUUAUUAAUAAAUCUAAGGACAAGAAAACCAGAUCACAACGGCCCCUAACCAAAAUUAUCCUUCGUCGAUUGCCUCCAACGAUGACCGAAGAACAGUUUCUAGAACAAGUGUCGCCCAUACCGGAACACGACCAUUUCUACUUUGCUAAGCCAGAUCCGUCGUUGGGGAAUAAUGUUUAUUCCAGAGCUUAUAUAAACUUCGUUAAUGUGGAAGAUAUUUACCUGUUUAGGGAUAAAUUUGAUGAAUAUGUCUUUGUUGAUGAUAAAGGUAUGGAGUAUGUUGGAAUAGUUGAGUAUGCACCGUUCCAGAGAAUUCCAAAGAAAAAGAAGAAGAAGGACCCGAAAUGUGGUACCAUAGAGAGUGACCCUGUGUACCAAGAGUUUCUGGAGAGCUUGACCAAGGAGCCGGAGGUAGAAAACCAGCCGAAACUAGAAUAUUCAUAUCCUAUUACCGAUGGCAAUGAUAAGAAAGUCCAAUCAACCCCACUGCUGGAAUACCUGGCAGCGCGCAAGCAGGACAAGCGCGGGCGAGACGAGCGCCGCCGUCGCGAGAACGACAAGCGCAAGAUGAGGAUCGAGAGGAAAACCAAGGAGCCAGCCAUCAAGGAAGAUGACUCUGGCGAAAAUGAAAUUAAGAAGAUCAAACCUAGGGAGUGGGAAAAAGACAAAUCGUCUAAACCUAGAGAAGAACAAGGCAAACCAGAUAGUAAGGAGGGAACUGUCUAUGAAUCUAAAACCUUUAGGGAACAGCGUAAAUCUGGAAUGGGUCUUGCGACAGACAAGAAGAAAAGACACGAUUCUGACAAAAAAGAUGAUGAUGAUGAUGAAUCAGAUAAAAGCAAAAUUGAUAAAUCUAUCAAGAAUGAUAAACCUAAAGAUGGUGUCAAAGAACAGAAGAGUAAAAAAUAUAGUGACACCCGCAAAGAAAGGACUAAACCAACCGAAGCUAUCAAGGCAGAUAAACAAUCAUUUACCGGGAAAAGUUCUCUUUCAGAUGGUAAAUAUAGAUCACUGAAUCAUGAUGAUAUCAAACCAUUUACACAGUUGCCACAAGUCAAAACGGAUGAUUUGUCCAGGAUUAUAGACGGAAUGGAGAAGAAAACUAAAUUAGAAGAGGUAAAAUUCCGCAAAGAUUCCGAAGAAGCUACUGAUGAGUGUAGCAAGACCAAUGACGAACCUACAGCUGUAGCAAAAGUUAGGAGAAGCAGCGUGGAUUCUGGUGAAGGACUAAAUAAUGAUGAUUCUGCCUUGAAGCGACAAAAUUCGUUGGACGACAGGGGCAAAUCGACAGACAGAGAGGGGUCUGAAGAAAAGGAGAAAAGCGAAAGUACCGACCGGCGCACCGAAAGACGCAUUAGAAAUAAGGAUCGCCCAAGCCGCGUCAUUUAUCAGCCUGGCAUGGGUAAAUUUAGCAAACAACGGCUUGCAAAGGAGAAGGAAAUCCAGCCGACCGCAGCAAAAUCCGUAAACGAUAGUGAGAAAAAAGACACUUGAGACCAUUGAAAAUUUCCCCAAA